UCAACAGAGAGAGAGAGAGAGAGAGAGAGAGCGAAAGAAAGCGCGAGCGAGCGAGCGAGCGAGCUUUGUGUUCUUUGUGUUGUUCUGUGUAAGCGUCUCGAAAACAGCAGUCCUUCUAACGAUUCUGAGAGCACCUUAGAUCGUUCCAAAACCAUCAGAGUAGCUUGUUUACCCCAAUUUCAAACCCAAAUCUCGACAACUAAAAAAUCAUUUCUGCCGUUUCGUGUCUGCAACCUAUAUCCAUCCAUUGAUUGAUUCCUUACCGUCAAAAAACCAAAAAAAUUUCCCGAAAUACAAACCGUUUUCGAUCGCUUACUGGUUCUAUCGUACAUGUUUCUGAUGAACUCUGAUGAGCGUUUCAUCUAAUCGCGUUAUUUUUUAACUUCCCAAAUGUUUCUGCUUCGAUUCUGUUCCCCGCCGGUGACAAAAACCGUCGCAGGGCCAUUGUGUCGGUGAUGAUUUCUGGGUUUGUCAUUGGAAAAUCUGUAGCUUUAACUUCUGAUUGCAUGGGUGAUCUUCAACCUUGGUCGUCACAGCGAGACGGCGUCUUAAACGAAGAGGGCUCUUACCUAUCCUCUUUGUCGUCGCCGUCGUCGUCAUUUAACCCAAACCCGAUGUCUAUUAGUGAAGAACAUUGGAUAAAAUCCGAGCAGACGACCAAUGAGAUUAUAUGCCGCAUUCAGCCUACUGUGGUAUCUGAGCAGAGAAGGAAAGACGUAAUCGAUUAUAUACAGAGACUACUAAGAAACUUCCUCGGAAGCGAGGUUUUCCCGUUUGGAUCUGUGCCAUUGAAGACCUAUCUUCCUGAUGGAGAUAUCGAUUUGACUGCCUUUAGCAUUCCUAGUGCUGAAGAUGCUUUGUCGAAUGAUGUUCGUGGUGUUCUUGAAGGAGAAGAGCAGAACGAGGCUGCUGUGUUUGAAGUGAAGGAUGUUCAAUACAUUCAUGCAGAGGUUCUUUACUUUGAACCUGCUAAACGUUUAUUGUUUUUUGAGAAUCGAGAUCGCAUAUCUCUUUACCACUAA